AUGCACUUUUGUUUAACAGACACGUCUUGUAUACAACCGCUUGGGAUGAGAAGUGGGCGCAUCAAAGAAAGCCAAAUUCAAUCAUCGUCAUUUUUUAAAGAUUCCAAUGAUUCACAUGGCCGCAGUCCUCACCAGGCCAGGCUUGGAGGAGAAGGAUACUGGACACCAGUGGGCAGGAAUACAUCAACUGAUGGAAAUCAGUUUCUGCAAAUAAAUUUUGAAUCACCAGUACGCCUAAAGUUGGUAAGUUGAAUAAUAUUUUUUAUUUCUCGAGGGAAACAGUUAAUUUUGCUUCCCGAGGUUCUUCCCGAGGGACCAGUCAUUUGGGGAUUGGUUAUAUGUCCCCGAGAAGAAAAACUUCUUGGUGUACAAAUUUGUGGAAUGAAUUACAAAGUCAAUCUUAUCGAGUGUUCAACAUUCGCGGGUAAUAGUGUACUGUUGCCCGGUGACGUCAUAGAUGCCCGGAUAAAGUGGAAUACGAAAUCAUAGAGUCAAUUUAAAGAAACACAGUAUCUGUAAUUCCAUGUAUUGCACGUCUUGGCCAAUCUCUCUCAGUGUUUGUGUUAAGGGUAACCUGGUUUAUGAGCCGCUACAAAGUUCCCAUCGUCAUUUCGUUUUAUUAGGAAGGGGUCGAUAAUCAUGGCAAAAGGGCCGGCGACAACCUGGAAGGUCUCAUCUCCAGGUCUCUAGCUUGGGCCUAGUCUCUCAGCUGACAGGGAGCUCUCUAUAAGUUCUUUGAGGGACACACCUUUCAUACCGGCAUGGUAACUUACCUAAUGUUAAAAAAGUUAUGUACUGUUUCAAAAGCAUAUUUCAUUGCCAAAGUGCUUUAUGCUUUGCUUCUUUUUUUGGCUGAAACAGAUCGCCGUUCAGGGAAAACCAAAUAGCACGGCAAGUGUCAAAUUGUUUGAUGUGUUUACAAGUCCUAAUGGAGAUGAUUGGAGAAAGGAAAAAGCGUUGCUGCCAAAGGUUAGUUAUGACGGCUCACUGAGUUUGUGUCUUAUGCUUAGAAACCCAAGUUCAAGUCAUUGUUUAUAAAUUGUUAAAGUUAAGUUCGCCCCAUUUUUUAAAAUAAUAAAGUCAGUACAAUCUGUUAUCUUGGUGACCAUUUUGUGAACUCGUGUGAUCCUUCAUGACUGACUUACCUUCCAAUUUUAAAAUUAAUGAUGAGGUUGGAAAAUCUCUCUAUACAGGUUUAACUAAUCAGGUUCAGAUUUUAAACCCGUCCGAGUCAGAGUUCCGUCGAUAUUCCCAGACCUACUGAAUAUUUGUUUUAAAUCAUUUUUUAAAAAAUGGAACGACAGACGAAAGACUGAACACCCGCUCCAGUAAACCUUUUAAAAUUUGUGUGUACAGAACAAUAAACCAGGUAAUCUGCCUUCUUUUUUUUACUUAAUUCGUUUCAUUCACGGAUUGUCUUAAUUCCAAAGGCUGAAAUCACCGUGAAUAGCGGAGAUACCGCGGUUCCCACAGCUUAUCAAAACCCCACUGCAAUUCGCUUUCUUCGAAUCAACCCGAGGUCAUGGUAUAAAGAGAGUGCUCUUCGAGUGGAAAUUUAUGGUUGUGUUCUACCAAAAAUAUCAACCGAAGGUAUGGGUGCUAUCGUUUUAAAUAUGCAAAAAACUACAAAGAUUGAACUUAGUUUAGACAAAUGUAUUGAACAAAAAGCAGUGUUAACUAAACAGUGACGAUUAUGAGGUAAACCGUGAUUCUGUCGGACAAGGCGCGCUUAAGUCAUCUCUUAGUUCCAUUCUGACAAAAUCGUUAAAGAGUACAUAAAACAACCUUUGAUUAAAAAAAAGUAAUAAUAGGGAAAUAGAUCGCGAAGCGCUGACUUAUUUUACUCAAAAUAAGCUGCCAAGUUCUCAACUAAUCGAGUGUAAACUCGUACUCAACUAGCCUAGCCUCUGUGAGAAUUUAGCCUGUGCUGAUUUCUUUAUAAUGGAGUGUAAUGAUGUACCUAACACACCAUUUUUCUGCGUUCUUGACUUCAGUUUCUGCCUCAAUGACUAUUAAUGAAGUUUUCAUAGUUAUUUUAACUUUGGUUAUAUAUUUUCGUAUUUUAAAUCCAGUCUUUUGCCAGCACUUGUCCACAUGUAUUAGUCUCUAACUGAUUACCCUAAACUUAACAAUGAUUUAUUUGGCUAUGGUGAGUUUGUGACUUUACAGGGCGCGGACUCAAAGCUAUGUUUUAACUAUCUGUUUAGAGUUCUCUGCACUCGGUGUCGAGAAAGCACUCAUUUCAGAUGCUCAGAUGACAUCCUCUUCCUCCUUGGACCCACCUAAGACGAACGCUUCAAGCGGAAGGUUAAAUUUCAACAGUGCUUGGUGUUCGGCGACCUCUGAUGAAAUCCCGCUUUUUCUUCAAAUUGCCCUGGGAGAAAUUCAUUUUAUCACGGCGGUGAGUACUAAUUUUCGCUAAAACUUUCAGAAACAGCUUUGAUUUGGUCACAGAGCCGAUCGCUACCCACGAAGUGUGAUUGUUUAUAUUUUAUUGCCAAAAGUCUUAAUUGCUGCAAAUGUAUUGCUGGUCAUAGAAAAUUUUGAAUGAAUUUUACGAAAAAAGACGCGGCAGAAUAUCUGGGAACGACAAGAAAGUGAAUUUUUGUGGGAUGUCCUUCAUUAAGUUUACAAGUGUGUACUAUUUUCUCUGAACAGGCUUCAUCUCAGUCACGUGAUACAAAUAGUGGCAGUUUCGACAGUGUGAUGUCAUACAAGCUUAGAUAUUCUACAGAAGGAGUAACUUGGACAUUUUACCAACAAAAUGGAAUUGAUAAGGUAGUUUUGAGAUAUAUUUUUAGUAACAAGUAGUAACAGCAGCCUGCAGGUUCAGUUUUUCUUGACGGAGUGGAGCGAAAUAUAUUAAAGGCAUUAUCAAUCCCUUCCAGAUUUUCCUAGGAAACCUGGUCGAGCAUUUUACCACAAAGAAUCACUUGGCACUUCCAGUGAAAGCAAUAUACGUUCAGUUUUAUCCAGUUUCUAUGAUCAAUUCUGCGUGCAUGCGCGUCGAACUGUAUGGAGAAAAAUCUCUUGAGGAAAAUACAGGUAGGAUUUAAUUACAUUUAGCUGGAGUAACCUGGAAAGCGUCAGGGCAAGUGACGAAUUGCUUGAAACGUCCGCUUCAAAUCGGAUUCCUUUUCAAUGGCAAUUCUAUCAAACUGUUGGGAAUGCCUUCGAUUCAGUAGCAUAAUAGUUUAGUUUCCCCAACAAGGUCACAAGUAACUGAGUUUAACACAAGGGGUUGCAGGGAAGGGAUUGGCUUGAUCAGCCACCUACGAAUUAACUCCCAUUUUCCAGCCCCAAGCCGACAGGAGGAACAAGAUGAUUAGAUAGUUCUCGUGGCAUCGAUGGACAAUUAAUAGCAUUUUUGAACUAUGAUUUUUUUGUUAUUUUAUUGGCAGAUAUACCACCUGUUUAUCAACGAAGUUUUCUUUUGGAUUCUGAAAAUAGAAGACUUUUUGUCUGUAACAAAGAUGUUCCAAGGUAAAUGAAACACUUUGUCCUAUUCCUGUGUAAUUAUACAAGGAGGAAAAUAUUACAGCAGAUCUAUUUAUGAGGGAGAAUGCAAUUACAUAGACAGAAGAAUGGCAACCGGAUGGCUUAAAUAUUGCGGAAAUACACCCCCCAACACUGGCCGGCCCCAGAUCGAUACAUGUUUUAAGAGAUAGAAACUUUGUUAUAAAUAAUCAUUGCACGAUAAAUUACCUGUGUUGCUUUGCUUACUUUGUGUAUUACAGGGGUAAACCAGCUUGCUACAUGAACAAGUACGGGGUUAAAGAAGGUUGGUUAGGUAAGAUGUUACCUCAAAAUUACACAUCAACAGAACAGUGACUAAUCAGAUGUCCAAACAUGAAAAAAUAAGGAUCCACCGAGGCCCGUUCUUCACAAUAUCAUAGGACCGUUAGUCGAAAGCCGAAUCCAAUAAUUGCUUUAUUAUUCACUCAGACUAUUUGCACAUCACAUCAUUGUUCCUAUCUUCAAAACAUUUACCUGUUUGGCUAUUUCAUCUUGUCAUAACGUGUGAAAUCUUUCCCCCUUUUUUUUCUAACACUAAACACUACCCCUCUAAAACAGCUGGGCCAACGCGUCGGUUGUCCUUUUUUCUGCUGAUAUUAGACAGUACAAUCUUCGUCAGCUGUCUUGAAAUCGGCAAACAUUGAAGUUCAGGGUUAGCUGCUUGUGAUCAUGAAUUCAGAUUCGCCGAUUUGGAUUUGCCAAUUUGCCAUGGUCGAAGCAUCCGAAGCAGCCAAUUACUGCGGGCCUUGACAAUCCCCCCGCCCCCUGUGAGAAAUAGACCACACCACCGGGGUCUACGUCCUCUACUCUUUUCGAAAAUAAGUGUGGUUCUCUAACGCUUCCUUCUAAUUGAUACUGAAGGCUGAAGGUUACAAGACACCGCCCAUGACGCGAUCAUCGAACAGAGAAAAUUUCGUACAUACAGCCAGACCAGCCACCAUGACAUUGCCAGUAUUUUUAAAGACUCUAGUUGGUACUAUGGUCCGGCCGGGAUUUCAACCCGCUUCUUUCCACCCGGCAAACCAGAGCUCUGUCGACUGAGCUAAUGGGCGACGCCUGGCCGGUGGAUUUAACCCAAUCAGAAAUGGAGAAAUAUUUUCAAUGAAUGACAAUACGAUUUGUUAUUUUUACAGCUCUAGAUAGACGCAUUGUCAGCAUUCUAGGAUACAGUAAAAUGCAGGACAUGAUUUAUGGAGUGGCACCAAACAGAAGAUCAUACGUACGCUGCAACGUCACCAAGUGUAUGACAGUUGUUAAAACAUGUUGGCUGGCAGAAAGAGAAUCUCAAACAACUGUACUUGCUACAGAGAUUGCCUUUAUACCAGUGACGGGGCAUGAUUUGACCGAUGCACCCAUUUCUGUCUAUAACUUGAAUGACGCAGGAGGCAACACCUGGUCAGGUAGAAUUAUAUUAGAGACGUUAAGAGUGCGUUCUUUUGGGAUGAUCCGGAAAUCCGGAUCAGCUGGAUCAGGGAUCCGUGAUCACUCGGAUCAUCAGUUCCAUCAAAUGAAUCGGCGAUAAAUCCUUCUUCAGAGUGGAUUCAUCAGUUAAUUUGAUGCAACAUGAUCCGAGUGAUCUUGGAUCACUGACCCUGAUCUGGAUCAUCCCAAAGGCACCCACCCUAAGACGAGAACUUUAACAACCACGAGGACCAAAUUUUCUUAGUAGGGCGCGCGUGAGCCCGCGUCAUUUUGGCAGGAAAACGUGAUAGCCGUCUUCAUUCAACGACGAGUUUUAGUGAGAAUGUCUUAGCAGCACGAAGCAAGUUAUCAAAUGUUAAAAGUUUUAAGUCAUUUUGCGAUCGGGAGAGGGCUUAUAACCUCCUUCAAUACAGAAUAACAAUGCUAACUUUUCUGGUGAAACAAAAGUACAAUGAAGUUUUCUGGGGUGUCUAUUUUCAGUUAAAUCUCGUGCUCGCAGUCGUUUUCGUCCUUUUCGAGUCUUGAGGUCUCUGAUCUAUUGUGGAGUGGAAUACAGUGGUCUACUAAACUAAACGUCUUUUCCCUGUAGGAAAAUUGCCUCUUAUCCUGCAUUUCUAUGACCGGGGAAGUAAUUGUGUCUGAGAGCUCAGAUAUUGGCGAUUUUAUACCGCCUUUCCCUUAGUGGCUGACGCAAUUAAACCUUAACUGUCCAUUCACUUUUUCUCCGCUUGCCCUUCCACAAAAUCAACUGACCAUAACUUUAUAGCUCCAUUGAAGCGUGAAAGGGGUGGCAACGCCUCACCUGUGGUAAAAUGCAUAAUAUUGCCGGUAUAACUGAAACUCAUUCACCCACGAAAAAUCGCUGAGAACAGCUCAAGAACUCGUUUGAAACUCUCACUAAUUCGUGCGGUUCCACUAAGAUCGAAUACGACACGUCCCAGUGAAUGCUGCCGUUGGUCGGGGUGGCCGCAUAUCUGCAUGACUGAUUAUCAGGCCCCGUUGACACAAAUCUGGAUAUUUUAAAACAACAUCAUGUUUUUGACACGAAUAGGACGUGGAUGAUUGAGUGGAUUCACUGCUUUCGUUCUGUUUAAAAAAUAUCCGGAAUCGUGUGGGUGGGGCUUCUCUCUGAAUGACUUUAGUUCUAGAUUUGAUCUCAUCAGUUGAGUCCUUCCCUAACACAAACAAAAUUUUGCUUUAUAUUCUCUGUGUGUGGAUAUGAUUACAUAUACUGAAAUUAAGUUCCUCUCACUUAUUUCCCAUUUUUUUUCUCUUUUAAAACCUUUGCUAGCAUCAGCGGUGGGUCUACACUUCAAAGAGGCACCAAGCCAGUCAUGGGAAUUAAAAGCAAGAUGGAGAGCAAAAGGUACGAUUGCAGCUUAAACCAAAGCAAAAGCACUUUGUCUUGUGACUUUUUUCCUCUGAAAUUUCCCUACAAACAUAAUGUUUACUGAAAGAUCAUGCAUAUAGCAAAUUCCUGGUAUAGUAAACACAACAAGUGAGGACGCCCUUACUCCUUCCUAGCUGUGCCUGAUGUCUAUAAUUUCGUAUUUACAGACCUGAACGAAUGCUACAGCAGUCCCUGUGAGAACGGUGGAUCUUGCGUCGGAGAUUACAAGAAUUAUACUUGUACCUGUACAAAGGACUGGAUAGGGCGAAACUGCGAGAUUGCUCAUAGUAAGUUAUUUUUCCCGGACUGUCUUAACGGACUUUUUCGCUAUAUAAUUUAUCACUUUAUCAACAAAACAGCAGUAGAGAAAUAAAUUAUGGCCAUCUUCCGUUGUCGGACCCGGGAAUAGGUUGCUGGGGUAGGAUAUUCACAACCGGUUGGCCAUAAUUUACGUUCAUUAUCGAUAGAUUUACUACUGAGUCCGAGGAAUGCUGUGACCAAUUUCAUUAUGUCUGCCCAUCUCAUGUAUAGUGGAAAAGCGGUGGUGUUUUAUUAGGUCGCACAUUUGUGUGUGUGUGUGUGAGUGUGUGUGGUACAUAUACUUAGCUUUCAAACACCUAGCGUUGUUGAGUUUUGUCGCUAUCCUAGAAGCAAUGGGCACUUAAAAUAUUAAAAUAUACUGCCUUAAGUGGAGGGCGUGCUAACUCAACGGAGAGAGGUCGGGAGGCGCUUAUUUGGAGAUGGUUGCCAGUUGAGCAUUGCCUAGUCCCAAGGCCUCAUUAUUCCUCGCGGUGACGUUUCGGGUCACAUGAUCCAUUCGUCUCGAAUACGUCACCGAAAUACAUUGACCGAGAAGGCCUGGGAAGACGCGAUAAGGACCAGGCAAGGUAGUCUGCGUAGCAGGCGUCGAAAGGGGUAGGGGGUAGGGGAUAGGGAGGAAGGGAAAAAGGGGAGGGGGAUUGGGGAGAGGGAGAGGGGACGCCUGCUAUAUAAAGAACCCCCUUUUGUUCAUAUCUGCGGCGUCCGCAAAUUCCUGAUUGGCUGAGCCGUAAUGAGUAACAUAUUGAAAUGCGCGUUUCACAAAUCAACAAACAGUCGAGACGGCAGCGGUAGACGUGGAUGUCGUAAAGAGUGCUUUGAGAUAUGUGAAUUUAUCUAGUGGUAGAGAAACUGUUUUAAAACCAAAGCAAGAAUCAGCAGUAAGGGCUCUUUUAGCCGACAGAGAUGUUCUGGCGGUUUUGCGGACCGGACAGGGAAAGAGUUUAAUUUACCAAAUGUUUGUUUGCGCGAAAAACUACGAGCUAAAUGGUAAUGCGGCGAUUCUCGUCAUUUCGCCACUGAAAAGUAUUAUCGAAGAUCAGUUGCAGGAGGUGGAAUUGUUGGGCUACCCAGCGAAAGAUUUAGCCAAUUUAUCGAACGACGACAUUCGCCGAUGUAACUUAGCAAUAAAGAGGGUGGUUUUACCUCAUGCCAAAAUUCUGCUUAUUCCAAUAAAGUUGUUUUUAUUUGCUGGGUAGAUUAUGCUCUGGAAGGUUCUGCAUUUAUACUGAGCAAAUGUUAUUUUAGCCGCAUGUUUCACGUUGAGAGGUCAUGACAUACAUAUCGAUUGACUGUAGUUAUUGUUUUCUGGUCGGCAGGAUUUGCCCUCUGAUGCAAGCGCAAUUUCUUUGACCUCUUUUGAAGCGUAAAGCUUUUUUUACUACGGCUGAAUAAGGGUUCCAAUUUUCUCCAAAUUGCCUUCUAGAUCUGAAUAACUAAGCGAAUUUCUUUAGUCCGUGAGUGUAAUGUUUUUCUGAAAUGGUGAGUGUAGCGACACUUGAUUGACAGUAAGCGUAAUCGGAUUACUAGAAAAUUGGUAGGCGUUAUGCAAAAACAUAGGCUCUUAGAGCAGGCGCUCCCUUCCCUUUUCCCUUUCUCCCUCCCCCCUCCACUUUUUGCGCCUGCCACGCAGGCUAAGGCAAGGUGAAUACCUUAGUACUUGGUUCCUGAUCCCUUUUUAAAUCUUUUUUUAACUUCUUAGAUGUUGUGCCUCCAACGCUGACGGUUUACAUUAGCGCUGCAAGCUGCUCUGGAACCAAAGACGACGCGAACAGAAUAAUAAAAUCACCAGGAUACCCGUCCUCUUAUUCCGAUAAUGAAUACUGCACAUGGGAAUUAGUUUCCUCCCAUCGAAUUAAGCUCACUUUUACAUAUUUCGUCACCGAAGCUAACUAUGAUUACUUGUAUGUGUACGAUGGCGACUCGACGUCUUCUCAGUUUGAAAAAUGGAGUGGAGUUAACACUGGAGAAGUGGUGAACAGUACAGGACAAAAUUUGUUUUUGAAGUUUACUACCGAUGGCAGU